CUCCUAGAGUGGGGCGAAUUGUCUUAUUCUGCACAUGUACCGGCAACUACAAGUUGAAGGUUGACGAUGACAGAUCAAAAGGAAAGUUCAAGUCUGCAGGAAAAUGAACAAGACAAAACAGACCCCAAUUAUGGUUACAAAUGGUUUCCAGAAAGAGGGAAAGAGCGGACCGCAUACGAAAAAAUUCGAUACGGUGCGAAAACUAGGAAAUGUGAACAGAGAAUUUAUAACUGUCUACACAAAGAUAUGACGAUAACCAUGAUAUUGAAUGCUUUAAAAAGCUAUGGAUGCAAAUUUCAAAAACGACACUAUACCUGUGAAAACUGUACGGAGGGACAAGCAGCGUAUGAUUUUCGGUCGAGACAGGUUGUGUUUUGCCAAAACAAAGUGAAGUCUAGUGGUUACUGUAAUAUACUGGCACAUGAACUGAUACAUGCAUUUGAUGACUGCAGGGCUAAAGUAGAUUACAAGAAUAUUGAUCAUAUAGCAUGUACAGAGAUACGUGCUGCUAACCUUACGCAGUGUGAUUUCUUCCAUGGCGUCAUGUGUGGUGUAACCAGCCAGGGCCUGGAUAACAGUCAAAAGGAAUGUGUUCGCGGCCACGCCAUGUACUCCCUAAUGAUGAGUCGAAAUCUAUCCAAGGAAAAAGCAUUAGAAGCCAUUGAGAGAGUCUGGGACCGCUGUUAUAAUGAUUUAGAGCCUAUUGGGCGAAGAUUUAGACGAAAUGAAACAGACAGAACAUUAGCCUCUGAAGAAGGCAGAAAGUUUGAAUUUUGAUAAAGGGUGUUUUAUAUAGGGAAGGAUUUUUUUUAGUAAAUUUUCUAUCUGUGAUCCACUA